UGUCUCUCUUGACUCUCCUCCGCCUCCCCUCCCGUCCCUCCGCCUCCAUGGACGCCUACCCCCACCACCGCCGCUUCGCCGUCUCCGGCGACGCCCCCCCGCCGCCGCCGCCGCCGCAGCCGCAGCCUCCACCUCCCUCCCACGCGAGCCCGCACUGGUACCCCGGGCCGUCCCCACCGCCGUACCCUCCCCACGCCAACCACCCUUUCCCUCCCCAGCACCACCAGUGGGGACCACCCCACCCUCCGCCGCCGCUGCCGCAGCAGCCGCCGCCGUAUGGGUACCAUCCCUCCCUCCCUCCGAUGCCGAUGCAGCCGCCGCCUCCUGCGGCGGGGAAUCCCUGGCCUCCUCACCACGCCGCUGCCCAGCCACCGCCGCCCAGCUACCCGCCGCCGCCUCCGGGCCAGGGCUGGGCCAAUCAUUCGUGGGCUCAAAGUCAUGGAUACGCAGGGCAUGGAAAUGAGGAAGAUUGGGCUACAAAGGCGAAGGCAUGGGCUGCUGCUAAAUCUGUUACAGAAAACCAUCAUAUUCAACAGCAUGCCAUAUCCGCAAAUAGGCCAGAAGUUCAUAAUUACGGUUACCAGGAUCAGUAUCAGCAACCAGCUGGUCUGCCCGCAGAACCUUUACGCCCGCCAAUCCCUCAGUCAAGUAAUGACCAGUUGCCAUUUCAAAUGACAGGACAGCACAGGGAAACAAACUAUCUGCCAGAUGGAGGUCCAUUGGCGCCACCAGCAAAGAACUUUGGUUCAUUUCCAUCCGCCUAUGAGCAGGAGGUAUCUUAUAAUUAUCCUUCUACUCCAGGUGUUGGGAAUGCUAUGAUUCAAUAUCCAAGCUCGCAGACUCAGCUACCUCCAACUGCCUCAGCAAUGCAAGACGGAUUUCCACAAGCGCCUUCCAGUAUGCAUAUUGCUCCCUCACUGGAACAACCUCAUUUUGGGCAUGAUGGGCAGUCUUCCAAGAUUGCAGUUGAUCCCAGUGAUCAACCUUUAGAAUUUAAUAGUAGGAAAGCUCCUGAUAUGGCAGUGCACAGAACAGCAAAUUUCAAUUCUAAUAUUCCAGCAGCUCCAAUAGCAGCAUCUGAUCAUGAUGCACAUUCAGCACCAGCGCAAUCAUGGAUUCCAUCUACUACAGUACUUUUUCCUCAAGCUUCAGUACCACCACAAGCAGCACAGAUGGACCCUUCAGUUCAUGCUGCACCACUCUUUGGAGCAGUUUCUGGUUCAAGCUAUAUUCCACCUGCAGCAUUUGGAGUUGGUAAUGUGACAGAAGCAUUCCCUGUGGAUGCAAACACUCCUUUUAAUGUCACAGAAAGAUCAAAGAAACCUCCAGUGCCUAACUGGCUUCGCGAAGAACUUUUGAAGAAGAAAUCUACAUCAGUGAGUGCUUCGGUGCAACACUCAACAGAGUUCCACUCCAAGGGAUCUGAAGAUGCUGAAAAAACACUUAAAAGUUCUGAUCAGGCUGACAGCAGAAGCGUAGAUUCAGCUAAAUCUACUGAUGAUGAUGAAGAAGAUGAGGACGAAAUUGAAGCAGCCCGGAUGGCAGCAAUGAACCAGGAAAUUAAGCGUGUAUUAACUGAAGUUCUCUUAAAGGUUACUGAUGAUCUUUUUGAUGAGAUCGCGACAAAAGUAUUGAAUGAAGAUGAUCCAUCAGCUGAACCAAAUGAGCCCACUAGAGUUUCUAGUGUGAAGGGGCCUGGUCUGGGAGAAUCAAAACCAAAGGUCUCAGCUAAAGUUGUUGUCCCUGCUAAGCCAACUAAUGUUAGCUCAGCUGAUCAUUCUGAUGGUACUGGGUUAAGUUCCCCUAAAGGCGCUCUUCUUGGCCUUGCUAGUUAUGAUUCAGAUGAUGAGGACGAUGAGGGUGAUAAUGAGGAUAAGGUUCCAGUUUCAAACUUAUCGUCUGAAACUAAAGCUGGCGCAGCUCGUCCAGGAGAAGGUGAAAAAGCCACUGAUGGUGAACAGCAUGGAAAUCAUAAUGAAAGAAAUUCUGUGGUCCAAAAUGCUUCAUUAGGCGAAGAUCGUAAAUUUAAUGAUGAAAUGUCUCAUAGGAACUCAAGUGCAGAACUUAAACAAGAGCUACGUGUUCAUGACACACAUAGUAGGGAAUUUCCUUCAGAUGCCAAAAUAUCAAGUCAGCCGAAGGAUGUGGCUCCUACCCUGGAUGAGAAGGCACAUGGAUAUUCCCAAAAUGGAAAAGUUCCACCUUCAGGCAAUAAUGUUGAAAAUUUUAGCAAUAUGGAGAGCAGUCAAGGGCAUUUAGGGAAGAGCAGCAAUGAGGAAGAUUUUGUAAAGGAGCCAAAGGCUGUUCGAAGAAAAGAAUCCGAAUCUUCUUCCAAAAGAUAUAAUGAUGAUGAUAAAUCUAGCAUGUAUGGAAAUAUUGAUAAAAAGGGUAGCUUCAAGGAGGAAAAAGGAUCUGACAGGAGUGUGAGACAUGGAGCUGAUACAAGGGAACCCCGUUCCAGAGGAAACUCUAAGCAGGAUGAUGCAAAAGGAGAGAGAAAAGAUUAUCAAAAGGACGUAAGAGAGAAAAGCAGGGAUUCUGCAGAUAGAAGAGAGAAAGGGAAACAUGAAAAGGAGGAUAGGUCGAGGCAAACUACAAAGGGCUCAAGUAGUCAUAGCAGUAGAAGGUCAAGAUCACCAAGUGCGAGAAGUCGGACCAAGAAGGAGAGUUCUUCACAUCGAGAGAGUGUCUCAAGUGAUGAGCCUUCUGAUAAUUCGAAAAGGAGAAAACUUCAUUCAUGUAAAAGCAGCAUGUCCCCCUCACCCCCAAAAUCUAGGAACAGACGAGUUUCGCGGUCUCCACAUAGCAAGCAUUCUCACCGCAGGCAUUCGCCUUAUUCAUCUGCGGAAAGGAAGAAGCGUUCCAGAUCCAGAACUCCAGUCAAAAGAAGAUAGAAGAUACUUUUGAUUUCAAGAUGCCUCGACAUCCUUGUGAGGCGAUGUGUGGCAUAUCGCUGCAUCUUCUACUGAUUCAUUGAACAACGCAUUCCCACGGUAGCAAGAUGCCCGCGGAUCACCAGUGUAGAUAAGCUGGAGGUUUGCCCAUACAGAGGAUAUUAAAUCUUCUGUGCUAGCAGCCUAGCAGAGAGCAAUGUACUUAAUUAUUUUGUAGGCCUAGCGACCCACGCAAAUAUGACAUGUACCACCUUUCGAUUUCAUGUAUUCCAUCUUGAUUGUGGAAAAUUGGCAACGCCAACGCCCAGUAGGUGUGUACUGGCUUGCGAUUAUUUUUGUAGUUUUGAAGAUUACUGUUAUGUUUUUUUCUUGAAACGCAGAUUGUUCGUAUUAUUCUAUUUGGCUCGCCUAUCCA